GAUUGAGUUUGCAACUGAACGUGACAGUGAAGCCCGCCUGUGGAUACGCUUGCAAAGUCGCCGACGUCGUUAUUGCGUUUGAGGACUGGCACCAUCGUGGAUCUGGUUGCUGCUUUCUUGCAAGGACAUCUCAUGAGUGAUUCGGCAUGGGCUGCUCAAAUACAAAAGCUGUGGAGUUGACCAACGAAGACCUCGAGUUCCUCAAGAAGCACACAGACUAUGAUGAUGCCACGAUACGGGACUGGUACGCGGGAUUCAAGCAAGAUUGUCCGACGGGCAAGCUAUCUCGCGCCAAGUUCCUGGAGAUUUACCGCAUGUUCUUCACGACGGGCAACCCCGAGAAGUUCUGCGACCACGUGUUCCGCACGUUCGACGCGGAUAACAACGGCCACAUUGACUUCAAGGAGUUCCUGCUGGCCAUUGGCGUGACGGGUAGCCAGAGUUCAGAGGAGAGGCUCAAAUGGGCCUUCCGCAUGUACGACAUCAACGGCGACGGCAAGAUCGACCAAACUGAGAUGGUCAAGAUAGUCCAGGCCCUGUAUGAAAUGCUGGGGCCCGGUGCCGCCACCUCCGAUGAGGACACUCCGGAAGAGCGCACGGGAGCUGUCUUUUCCAGGAUGGACCCUGACGGUGACGGCAAGCUGACCAUGAAGGAGUUCCUCGACGGCUGUCUGCAGGAUCGGAAGCUCGCUGGCCUCCUCACCGCAAACACAACCUUGCAGCUGAGAUAGCCCUAACUUCUCUCACGGCCUGCCUGUCCUUUCUUUUCACCACUUUCCUUUCUUUCACUCCGGCACCAUCUCAGAGAUCUUUCGCUAGAACAGCUUUCUGUUCUGCCUCUUAUAACUUAACGAGCCUUUCUUUUUUGUCAGUUGUGCAGUUUUUUUAUCUGUAUACAAGCUUCGGGCUACUUUCGUCAUGUUUGAAUAAAAUGUGCCUACAUUUC